GUACCGCGCCAGUCACAGAACGGAGAUAGGUUAAUCCGAGCUCGACGGGAAUCCUCUAUUCUUGCACCUCACCACCGCUAGGAAUGUCUUCUCUUGUGCUCUGUAGCCCACUGGCAGUCCCGAUUUAUCCACGAGAUGGACACAAUCCCGCAGCCUCCCUCCAGAGCUCCUAGUCUCCCUUACAGAAGAGAUGGCCGAAAUCCGGCAAGGCACAGGCCGACGCCGAACUGCGCGAUCAAGCUCGCUCGGCCACUUCCCUCUGUCAAAUCCAACUCAGACGACUGAACGAGGGCCUAGAACAAGCAGGCAAAACACGUUCGCAGAGAAUGCAGAUGGAACCGUCUCCGCAUACUCGCAGUUGCUGCUCCGCUUUUUCCUGAAGCCCCGAGAGAGGUCAGUCUGAAGCGCGGGGAACAGAGCUAUCUCAUGACUACUCUAUAGCAGUACAGCUGGUCUAUGUACUUAUUACAUUUGAAGGCCUUGCACGCCGCCUGGCCUUUUUCAUGCCGAAGAGUCACAUUGCUGCGUUCUUUCUAGAGAUCUCUUUCACAACGCUGUGGCGCCUUUGUGAUCAAUAUCACCGCAGAUGUGCACGGCUAUGGACUCUGACGCAGUGACUUCGGGGUCGUCUGUCAUCCCCCUGCACCGUGCAAAGGAUGACAUACCCCUAGUGGCGUUGACACAUCUGGAGGAUGCUUCCAACAAACCCGUCAGCGGGAUUUCAAAACAUCUAGAGCAAGCAAGAACUCCCGAAGAAGCGAAAGCGGAGAAGCGUUUUGUGCUGAAGACGGACCUCAUCGUCCUUCCGCUACUCGCCUCCAUGUACUUCCUUGCUUCUUUGGAUCGUGGAGAUGUGGGAAAUGCAGCAGUAGCUGGCAUGACGGAUGAGCUCCAUCUGACACCUCACCAGCUUAGUACCUGCAUCACCAUAUUUUAUGUCGGGUACAUCGUCUUUCAGUUGCCAGGCUAUCUAUGUCUGAGAAUCGUCCGGCCCCCUGUCCAGCUCGGGCUAGCUCUCAUGGUUUGGGGCACGUUCAAUACUCUAAUAUGUGUUGCAAAGUCAUAUCAAGCCAUCGCCGGUCUUCGUGUAGGUGUUGGUGUUGGGGAAGCUUUUCUCCAGGCAGGCCCCCUGUAUCUGUCACUUUGGUAUAAACGAGAUGAAUUGGCAACAAGAGGUGCUAUUUUCUUCGGCACCAGUGCGGUUGCUGGUGCUUUUAACGGCAUCAUAGCCUAUGGCAUUGAGAAGAACCUUGAUGGUGCUGAUGGUUGGUCAGCCUGGCGAUGGCUGUUUCUCAUUGAAGGUGUCGUUUCGGUCGCUUGGGGCUUCGUUGUUCUCUUGAUGCUGCCGCCAUUGCCUGAGCAAGUUCGGUGGGGAUUUACCGAGGAAGAGAAGGCUCUCGCAAGACGCAGAACGAUCGAGGGUUAUAAUGAGCCCAACGCGCAGAUCAAGCCGAAACAGAUCCUCGCCAUCUUCAAGGAUCGUCGAACCUAUCUUUACAUAAUAUUCUACUCCUGCACCAAUCUGAGCCUGGCAUGUUUCAGCAGCUUUCUGCCAGUCAUUCUGAGGUCGUUUGGAUAUUCACAGCUACAAACUCAGGCCUUGACAAUUCCUGUGUUUUUCUGCGCCGCAGUCUCAGCGGUGGGAACCAGUCUGGCGUCAGACCGUCUCCAGCAACGUGCACAUGUUCUGUUGGCUUGUUUUGUGUCGAUGGGCAUGGGAUGGUUGAUCCUGAUAUGCAGCAAGUCUCAGCACCUCUCGUUCGCGGGCUGCUUCUUCAUCGGUAUCGGGACUUAUCCUAGCAUCAUUAUCGGCCAGGUCUGGCUAAAUAACAAUACACCCGGUUUUACCAAAAGAGCAGCUGCGCUCGGCGUGCUCGGCACGGUUGGCCAGUGCUUUUCCAUCAUCGGCACGCAGGUCUACAGCGAUCCUCCCCGAUAUUACCGUGGCAAUGGCUUUGCUUUUGGCGCAUCCGUGGUUGGCGGAAUUGCCACCAUCGCGCUAUUCUUUGAUCUGAGAAACGAGAAUGCAAAGAAGCGUAGGGACGCGGACACGGACUUCGCCAGGAGCCAGCGCUCUCUGGGUAUCGAGGACAUCGGCAACCAGCACCCGGACUUCUACUACUUUACAUGAACGAAGCAGAAGCUCAUCAGAAAAAGAAGCUGGAGAAUGUCAUCCCCUUUGCCUAUGGAAGACUAAGAGGGAGCAGGGCGAUUGUUAGACGAGAGGCGCUCGAGCAAGACUGGCAACAGUAUACAAUGGAUUCAGACU